GCAUAUUAUAGAAAUAAAUGUUUAAAAGCAAAGAUUAAAAUCUUUCUUUUUAUAAUUCAUUGUUGAAUGAUAUCUCUAUCGAAUUAUAUAGCCGAGACAGUGGUGAUGUCGAUUAAUCGACCUUAACAUUUAGAAUGAAAAAUUACAAGGUAUCUAAAAUGUUGCGAUGUAUAAUUUAUUGUUGGAAAGUGCUUAAACAAUAUUUAAGUCAUUGCAGUAUCCAUGGUGUUAAAUAUCUUGUUUCUGAGAAUAGUUUAUAUAUCGAACGAUUUUUCUGGUUAUUCUUUUGUGUACUGAGUUGGUGGGGUUGUACUGUAGUGAUCAAGGAUAGUAUCUAUGAAUAUAUUGAACACCCAGUUGAUGUUACAACAGAAACAUUAUAUAUAAAUUGGGAAACUCCAUUUCCUUCAAUUGCAAUUUGCAUUAAGCAUUCUAACGAAUUAAGAAACAAAUACAAUAUUAAACAAUUACCAUCAAAAUUGGAAUUUUCAUCAUCUGAGAAAAUAGACGAUAUUACUGCUGAGGAAUUAUUGAAAGGCUAUCAAUCAUUGCAGAUACAAUGUAAAGAUAUAUUUGCUAAUUGCAGCUGGAACAAUAUAAAAUUUGAUUGUUGCAAUGAAUUCAAACCAUUGAAUAAAACCGGCGCUGGUUAUUGUUACGUAGUUAAUUCUCGACAUAUCAAACCAUACGACAAUUCAAAUAUUAAAUUUUGGAUUAAUCGUACUACUGAAAAUGGAAAUCUUGUGAUUGAUCUUAUAGUAAAUAAAAAAUCAAGUAGUUAUAUUCCUCGAUUUGUUAACGCAUAUAUAUUGGAUAAUUUACAAUUACCAAAUGUAGCUACUUUGGGUGAAUAUAUAGUUCCAUCAAUAAGAAAAGGACAAUCUACUCGAAUUGAAUUUUUAAUGAUACCUAUUUUUAACGAACAAUUCGUAUCAUAUUUUUCAAUGAAACAAAGAAAUUGUCGAUUUAGUCAUGAAACUGAUAAAAACAGUAUAUUCGAAUUUUAUAGUAGCGAUACCUGUGCUAUCGAGAUAUAUAUACAAAAAAUGAUUGAGUAUUGUGGCUGUGUAAGUUUUUAUUAUCCUGCUCCUACCAACGCAAGAAUCUGUAAUUUAACGGAAUUACAAUGUUUGUCUGAAAAUAAAAAAGAUAUUUUAUUGCUAACAACUAUAAAAGAAAGAUGUUAUCCUCAAUGUGAAGAAAAUACUAUGAACAUAUACCAUAGCAAGCCCAUUCAGUUCAAUCAUAUAGAUAAUGAUGUAGCAAGAAUGGAUUUUAUGUCAGUAUCUCGCCCCUUCUUACAAUAUCGUCGAUACGUCGUAUACAGCCUUUUAGAUUUGAUAGUUGCAGUAGGAAGUGCUCUUGGAUUAUUUAUGGGCGCUAGUAUUCUCAGCUUCUUUGAAAUACCUUAUUGGCUUUGUCUUCGUCGUGAUCAAAUCAUAUGAAUAUGAUUGAUUUAUUUCGAAUUUAAAGUAUCAGAUAACCAA